GCCACUCCUGUAGAAGCGUGUCAAGUAUUUAUUAAAAUUGUAUAAAAUGAGCCGAAAUUAUAAAGAAGAUCAAAGCAACGAAGUGGAAGCUCUCGAUUCCAUAUACUGUGGUGAAAUGGAAGUCCUACAAAGCGAGCCUUUUCAUAAAUUUCAAAUUCCCAUUGCUACAGAGGAGUAUAAUGCAGAUGCGGAAGACGAAAAUAAUAAGGGGCUGUCUUGCAAACUGGUCUUUGAAUAUACAGCCACAUAUCCAGAUGAAGCGCCGCUUGUGGAAAUUGAUGAAGCUGAAAACUUUGAGGAUUCAUAUGAAGAGCAAUUGCUCGAGCAUUUGCGACUCACUAUUGAGGAAAACAUUGGUAUGGAGAUGAUAUUCUCGCUGGUGAGCACCGCGCAGGAAUGGCUGAAUGUGCGUUGGGACGAGCACAAGAAGAACCAAGACGACGAACGAGCGCGCAAAGUGUUGGAGGUAGAGGAAGCUGAGCGAAAGAAGUUUGAGGGUACCGUUGUUACAGUCGAAACAUUUAUGAAAUGGAAACUAGAGUUCGAAGACAGCACAGGAAUCGCUGCCAAGCGAGAGAAAAAUAACGACUGCAAGAAGUUAACAGGUCGUGAGCUAUUUAUGCGUGACAAUACGCUAAAUGAAUCUGAUAUUAAAUAUCUGUUGGAGGCUGGAGAGAAUAUUGAGAAUGUUAAAAUAGAUGAAACACUAUUCCAAGAUAUUGGAGAGCUUGAACUGGACGACGACGACGACGAUGAAGAUGAUGAGGAUUGGGUGCCCGGAGCGGAUGAUUAAAAAUAAAGUAUAUUUGUUGUAAGGCAUACUCAUGUAUUCGGAGCCAGUUGACUCAGUACAAUCAUGGUUAAAUUAACAAAUUAAAUGCUUUUGUUAUCAA